GACAGCCAUGGAGGACACCCUCACCUGCAGCCAUGCCACUUUCUCCCAGGUGUUUGGACGCCAGGGACAGCUCAUGCAAGCCACCGUCCAGUCUCUGAACAGCCUGAAUGACCAGAUUGCUCAGUUCAUGGUCACUCGACCUUGUAGCCUGACUGAUGAGGAUGAGGCCUUCAUGCCGGGAGAGAGGGAUACCUUGAGGAAGUCUAUGACUCUGAUGAAACACUUGCUCAUGGAUGCUCAGGGGAAAAUCCUUAAAAUGAUGGAAGACAACAAACAGCUGGCACAGAGGAUUGAUGGGGCCAUCCAGUCUGCCAGCCAGGAAGUGACCAACCUGCGCUCCGAGCUCUCUGCCACCAGCCGUAGACUGGCAGAGCUGGGUGCCAGCAGCCCCCCUGGCUUGGAGAACCACCACCAGCACAACCACCACGAUGACAGCCUUCACUACCGGGAUCCAUCCAUGCGUCACAGGCAGAAGACAGUGGUGACAGACAUGUGCUACCCAACAGAAAUAUCCAGCCUGAUGGACUUUGGCACACCAGACUGCUCGCUAGGCAAAGUGUUGCUGCGUGAAGAGGUGGUCCAGCUCCAAGAGGAGGUCCACCUGCUGAGGCAAAUGAAGGACAUGUUGACUAAAGACCUGGAGGAGACCCAGGGCGGCUGCUCUGCCAAUCUGCUUUCUGCCACUGAGCUCCGUGUGCAGCUGGGUGACAAGGAGCAGGAGCUGGACCGUGCCAAGGAGGCCUUACAAGCUAUGAAAGCUGACCGUAAGCGGCUGAAGGUGGAGAAAGCAGACUUGGCGAAUCAGAUGCAGCAGCUGUACACAACACUGGAGAGCAGAGAGGAGCAGCUGCGAGAGUUCAUACGCAACUACGACCAGCAUCGAAAGGAGAGUGAGGAUGCAGUGAAAGCCCUGGCAAAGGAGAAGGACGUGCUGGAGAGGGAGAAGUGGGACCUGAGGAGGCAGACCAAAGAAUCCACAGAGCAGGCCAACGUCCUGCGUUCUCAGCUGGAUAUGAAGGAGAACAGGAUUAAAGAACUGGAGGCCGAGCUCACAAUGGCAAAGCAGUCUCUGGCCACACUGACUAAAGACGUACCAAAACGCCACUCAGUGGCUAUGCCAACAGAACCGGUGGUGAACGGCAGUCAGGAGUGGGUGAUGCACGCCGACCUUCCGCUCACGGCCGCCAUCCGCCAGAGCCAACAGACCCUCUACCACGGACACACCACAGACAGACAGGCUGUGGUCAGGAUCAGCCCCUGCCACUCACGUCAGCCUUCUGUGAUCUCUGAAGCCUCUGCGGCUGAUGGAGACCGCUCGUCAACGCCAAGUGACAUCAACUCACCUCGUCACCGGACCCACUCCCUCUGCAAUUCUAUGGAGGACCUUGAGGACCAGAAGCGGAAGAAGAAGAAGGAAAAGAUGACACUGGGAUCCCUAUCAAGGGUGUUCGCUCGGGGCAAGCAGCGCAAGUCACUGGAUCCUGGCUUGUUUGAUGACUCUGAUAGCCUCACACAGCAAAGCCUGUCUGAUGGAGAGGAGCAGCUGGACCGCCUCCAGCAGGCGGAGCUGACUCGAAACACAUGCAUGUCACUGUGGAGGGCAGGUGCAGUCCAGGCCUGGCUGGAGGUUGUCAUGGGAAUGCCCAUGUACAUCCGAGCCUGCUCUGAAAACGUCAAAAGUGGGAAGGUGCUUCUAGGCCUGACGGAUGACGAUUUAGAGCUAGGCCUGGGCAUCAGUAAUCCAAUUCAUCGCAGGAAAAUAAGAUUGGCUAUUGAGGAUUACAGGAGAGCUGAAGGGGACCAAGGAUUAUCAAAAGCAUCUGAGAUGGACCAUCACUGGGUUGCAACAUCAUGGCUGAGUGAUGUCGGACUGCCUCAGUACUCCCAGACCUUUCAGUCUCACUUGGUGGACGGACGAGUGCUCAACUCUUUGAACCGCAGAGACCUGGAGAGAUUUCUCAACAUCAGUGACCAGUUCCAUCAGACCAGUCUACUUCUGGGAAUCCAGCUGCUGCAGAUGCUCAGCUUUGAUAAAGAGGCCCUGCAGGCACGGCGGACAAAAUGCGAGCACCAAAACCGGGAUCCCAUUGUUUGGACAUGUCACAGAGUAAUGAAGUGGAUCAGAGACAUCGACCUCAAGGAGUUUGCAGACAGUCUUCAGGGUAAAGGGAUUCAUGGUGCAGUGAUGGCUUUGGAUCAGUCUUUCGACACAGAUGCCAUGGCCAAAGCCCUGGGCAUCCCCAGCAACAAACACAUGCUUCAUCGGCACCUGUAUGAAGAGAUGAAGUCACUCGCAGUCCCUCUCAGUAAUACCGAGCAGGACACUGAGGUGAUUGGUUGUUCCUCUCCUGUCGCUGUUAACCGUUUUGCUGAUGAGAGGAUGUCUAUAAGAAGAUCCGGAAAGAGUCCGCUGAGGUUACGAGCAAACAGCCACUCUGUGGAGCGAAGUCUGGGCUUCCACGGCAGCUGCAGCUCUCUGCCCAGAGAGGCCAGAGUUCAGGCGGUUCCCCGAGCCAAAGGCAGCCCGAUGCACACCUACAAGAGUGUCGAAAUCACCAACGUCUGAACCAGCCUCAGCCAUCGAGAUCUUAACCAUUGUUUACAUUUUUGUUGUGUUGCAGUUGUUUACAGCUGAGAGACACUCACACUGAGCCACUCGAUUUAGUAAUCUGACAUCUUUAGAGAAGCAUUUACUGAAGACAAGCAAACUUUAUCAUUGUGACCUGAUGGACUUGAGAGGAAGAUAACUUAAUAGCCUGUUUCAUUUUUUUAUUUUAAUUUAUUUUUAAACUAUGUAUUCCAAGACUUUUAUAUAUUAUUGGAAAAAUCAUAUUUGUAUGAUAGAUGAGAAGGCUUAAAACAGACUUCACACAGUUAUAUAAUUGAAAUUAGUGCUCUUUUAAUGCCUUAUAUUAAACAGGUCCAUAUGAUCUUCACAGCACUGUUACUAUUUAUUACUGCUACUUUUUAACAUGUUCGUUUUUUUUAAGCUGCAAGUGAAAAACUCUGUUAAUGACAAAAGAAAAGUUGUUAUAACUUACUUUCAGUGUAAAGAUACAGCACAUAUCAGCUGUUAUUCAGAAUAGAUGAGGGCCCUGUUCUUCAUACAUGGCUAACCCAGUUAACCAGACAUGAACGCUGGAUUUGUUGACUGGAUGUUUCUAAAAUCACAGAAAGCUGUACAGAACAGAGACAUCUGGAGUGCGAUUAAGGUGAUGUUUAUUUUUUAUUUUUUUGCAACUUACAAAGUACAUUUAAAUUACCAAUCAUAAGUCAAAGGACUGUAAAUUAGUAUUCAGUUUUAGAGGCAUUCACAGGUGUACUACAAGAGCUUUGAGAUGGUUGAAGACAGCUAUUUUGUUAGGUACACGUUAGGUUAGGUUCAGCUGCUUAGUAACACAAAUAUUUAAUCGGCCAAUGACAAUCCCAGUGACUCAGUUCAUUUACAUAGACCAUAGACAUGGUCAAGAGGACCUGCCAAAGCAUCAGAAUGGGGAAGAAAGGUGAUUUCAUUGACUCUGAAUGUGGCAUGAUUGUUGGUGCCAGGCUGGUUUAAAUAUUUCAGAAAUUGCUUAUCUGCUGGGAUUUUCCCAGUCAUCCCUAUCGCCACAGUUUACAGAAAAUGGGCCAAAAAAGAGUUUUCUAAGACGAGAAGCCUUGCUCAUGUCCAAGUAGAAUCAAAAAAGUUGCUUUGACCCAAUUUACAACCAAGGCAUGCAGGACAGCAGUCAUGCUGAAGACUGAUUCCAUACUGGGACUUGAACCUGUGUCAACUUUGUGAAAAAACAGAAAUCCUACAACUGCUAGACCAUACGGGACUAAAAUGAAGAAGAGAGAGAUUAUUUUCACGUGAGAACCCAGAUAGCAUUUUGUUUGAUAUUGUGUGUAAUAAUAAUAGUUUUUGGACAAUAACUUAAGAGAAGAAGCUAAUGAGAUGAUUCUCAAUUCUGCUCUGACAUUCAGAUGGUAGGGUCAGAAUUUAUUAUAAAAAAUAUGAAAGCAUGGAUCCAUCCUGCCUUGUAUCAGUAAUAUCAGUGACGGUGGCAUAAUGGUGCAGGUGCAUAUUUUCCUGCCACACUUUCAGCCUCAGUACCAGCUGAGCAUCAUCUAAACCCCACAGCCUUCCUGAGUAUUGCUGCUGACCAUGUCCAUCCCUGACCAUAAUGUACCCAUCUUUAAUCACUUAACAUUUAGUUAUUAUUAAUCUCUGUCUCACCUCCACAGUCCUGUCUUCCUCCCCUGGCUGGCUGCUUCCUGUAGGAUAAUUUGCCGUGUCUCAAAUCUCAAAUCAUCUCAAACUGGUUUCUUGACUAUGACUAUGAAGUCACUGUACACAAAUGGGCUUCACAGUUACCAGAGCUCAAUCUAACAGAGCACCUUUGGGAUGUGGUGAAAUGGGACAGUCGCGUCAUGGAUUUGCAACUGACAAAUCUGCAGCAACUGUGUGAUGCUAUCAUGUCAGCGUAGACCAAAAAUAUCUGAGGAGUGUUUCCAGCACCUCGUUUAAUCUCUGCCAUGAAGAAUUAAGACGGUUCUGAAGGUAAAACGGGGUACAACCUGGUACUAGCAAGGUGUAGCUAAUAAAGUGUCUGUUGAGUGUAAGGAAAUUCUGUUCUGAGACAUUUAGAUUUAUUUUAGUAGAUAAAUAUGUUUGUCCAGACAAAUGGCCAAAUUAUGGGUUAAAAGACAACCACGAGAGUCUCACCCUUUAAACCCUAAACAGCACCACCUGGAAUUAUUUUGUUGUUUUAGCUGUAAAAGUGUAAUUAAAUCUACCGUGAGUGUGUGCUUUUGUUCCUUUUUUCAGGACUACUACUUCUUUCAACAUCUGGUAGUUGUUAUUACACACCCAUAACAGUAGGAAAACACAAAAAACGAAAUUGAAAUUUAACAGAUUUUUACUGAAUAAGGCACUCAGAAUGUACAUGAAUAAAAGAUUUAGAAUUUGCAAUUUGAACUUUGAAAUAAUGACAAAUAUUUGAACUUUGGCCCUAUAGUUUGUUUCUGGGGUCUCUUUUUUUCCUAAGCAAGUCCAGACAUUUUUGACCCCUGGUGGAACGUCAAAAAGCAGUUCCUUUCAAGCUGCAGGCAAAGGCCUACAUUGCACUGCUGGCAUUUUCAAGGAGUGCUUCUCUUACAGACAAUGCACUGCUUCCUUCCCAUGCUCUGCCUCUUUCCCAUAUCUCCAGUGCUUAUAGGGACAGGAAAGUGUCCUUGACUUGGGGACUCAGGCCUGGUAUCCAAGCAAACACCUAGGAGGUGUGCAGCAAGCUCCUCCUGGAAGGCCUGGCCAGUCUUGUGCUUCUGUUGCUUGCUGAUGCACAACUCUUUGUGAAGGAUGAAGCUGUUGGUAACUGCAAUGACCAGAAGAUGCUGGAAAACUGUCAUGUUCCAUCUUCUGGUUUUGCGAUGGACUGAAUUUGUUCCCAGCAUCUGGUCUGAUGUAUCCACUCUUGCCAUGCAUUUAUUGUAUUCACAAUAAAUGCUGUUGGUCGAUGUACCACAAGCCCAAAAUCCCUGCUUUUUCAAGUGUUGGAAGAGGGAUGGGCUGGUGUAGAAGUUGUCACAGAAGACAAAGUAACCCGAUCCCAGAUAGUCUUUGUCCACUAGUGAUGUAACCUCAUCAAAAGAGAGUCCUUUCCCUGAUACCAACUUUGAUUUCCCCAUGUACAGCAUGAAAUCUAUGGUGUGGCCAUUCACAUCAGCAAGAACAAAAAAUUUCAGCCCCCACUUGAUGAGCUUGGCUUUCGUGUAUUGCUUGAUGGCUAAUCUUGCCUUUGAAGCAACCAUCCUCUCAUCAACUGAAAUAUGUUGCUUUGGGUGGUAGUUACUCAUGCAAUGAUUUCUCAUCAUCUCAAGGAGGGGUCUGACCGAGUGUAGUGUGUCAUAGUCCUCUGUGCCUUGUUUUGUUUUGUUUUUUCUCAUUGGCCACAUUAUCUUCUGGAUCACUGAUAUUAAGGUUAGAAGUGAUGGCCAGAAACUGGUCUCUGGACAUAAUCGUGUCAGAAAAAGCAACGUGAAAAAUUGUGUUUCUCCUCCAAAAGUCUACUAUUUUUGGAAAAUUGCAGACUGCCAUGUAAAGUAACAAGCCCAGGUACUUUUGUAGUUCUUCUGGUGUUAUUUCAUUCCAGGCAAAAGUUUUGCCCUUUUCCUUACUUUUUGCAGCAUUCUUGUUUGUGUUUGUAUCAAACUCAGCCAAAGAAAGAAAGAAAGAAAGAACACGGUAGAAAAAUAUGGUAAAACGCAGUUUAAAAAAGGCAAAUCACAACAAAAAACACAGCACAGAGCAGCAAAAACAAAGCAAUAAAAAAACACCCAAAUAUCAGAUAAAAUGUCAACUUUCUGCAGAGCUCUGUUAUACUCCCUCACUCUCUUUUCGGUCAACCAACCUUUGUUUUCCUGGGGUUGCUGUACCUCACGACUGGGAUUACCGUAAUGACCCUAAUAUGACUGGGAAGCGCAGCGUCUCUGCUUUCAGAAACAGUUUUGAAUUUUUUUCAAUUACCAAAAAUUUAAAAUUUAUGGUAAUUUAAAGAAAUGUUGCAAAAACCUGGCGACUGGUUAGCUAGAACAUAACACAGCAUUUAAACAGGCAUAACGUUUUGAAUAAAGAUUCAAAUUCAAGUGAAUAGUUGUGGACCUCACGUUGCUAAAAUAUCUUACAUGCAUGUGAGUGAGGUUUCAACCCCAAGACACAGAAUUUGAUUACUAAUUAAAAAAUCACUUGCAUGGCCAUUGGGGAGAAUAUUGCUCAAACUUACUCAUAUUUUAAACAAGAAUUCAUGUUUAAUAUUUUGUGUUUUGUCUCUGUGAAACUGUUAAACUCCUGAAGAAUGGCAGUAAAAUACAAAACCCAAAGGUUUUUCUCAUCUCUCUAUUUUGAUCUACCUCGUCACCUUCUCCCGAAUCACCCUGCCAUUGACUCAGAAAUUGAUCAGAAGCCAACUUCAACAAAGUCUUACUUCCUUAAAUGCAUCUGGAGGAGAGAGGAGGCCCAGGCCUGUCCUUUGCAGAAGCCUUUACAAUACUUGUGCCAUAUUAAAAAAAAAAAAAAAAGCAUGAUGCUUAACUUGUCAUGUAAUGCCACUUUGGUCAUUAACACUGUUACUAUCAUCUGCCAGAGAUCAUAACAUAAAGUGGCAGGCUGUAGAAAAAGAAAAAAGAAAAAGAAAACAAUGAACUGACAAUGAAGCUGUGCCACGCGUCGUAUUUAAUUGGGAUCACUGGGAAAUGACAGGUCAGAAGCAAGGAUGUUUCCAGUUUUUGUUAAAAGCCUAUUGUCUCAGCUCCUCUCCCUCUGUUAGUGCACUCAUAUGCUCAGCAUUCAGCCACUAUUAUGCCUCUCCAUAACUUUUCCCUUGAACUUUUAUUUGGGAUUAACAAACCAAUCCUAAAGGAGGCUGAGAGAAUCAGAUUAGAUUGACGAGACUAAACCAGAUUCUUGUAACCUGAAAAAAGUAUUUUAGCCUAAAUUCCUUCAGAUUGAAGAACAGGGCCCUCAAGUGCCAUCAGCUCUAAAUGUGUAAGAUGAUGUUACUAAAAACAAUGACAUGUGAAGUGUGUGUCUUCUUCUGACAGCUGGUAUACCCAUAAUUAUGUUUUUGUAAUGUAAAAGAUGAUGCAGUCAUGCAGUGUGAUAUGUAGAUAAAUCUUUGGAAUGUUGGAUUAAGAAUGUGGUAAUGUACAAAGACUCCACAUAUGUGUAUUGUAUGAACUGUGAAGAAGGCAAAACUUUGUGCCAUUAUACUAUGAAGUCAAUGGAAAGAAUGUAACAGUGUAUUCUGUACAGUUUUGGUCGUGUUUUAUAAUGCACAGCUGUUCCUGAGCAUGAAAACACUCAUUAAACGCCACCGCUGGGACUUGCACAGAGCCACACCGAGUGUGGCUGAAACCUUGAGGUUACUUCAAAUAGCAGAGAACAGGUUUGUCUGUCUCUAUCUGGGCGUCUCUUUGACUCACCAAAGCAAAACUGUUUAAGCGGGAAGAUCAGACCAGUUCAAACCUGUAUAGAGAAAGAAGACAGGGACAUGCAAUGUAUUUGCUUUUAACACAUGACAUAUACAUCUCUUUGCAAAGCAGUACAAGCUUUUCAUACAUGUCAACAUGAAAGUGGAUUUAUUGUAAAUUGUUGCAUAGAAUGUAAGACUGUUAUUGUUAUUUUUGAGG